AUCAGGUCUGUCUAGACCCCACAACAACAAAUGGGGAUUUUUGAUAAGGCCGCCGCAAUGUGGCCUGGAGUACUACCAUUGGUAGCUGUACUGAUACCCCUCUUGCAUUUUUCGAGAUGUUCGCCUGGAAAAGUCGACUACCGGGCGAAGGAAAAGGAGGUUCUGGACGAUAUUCUUGGAGAGAAAAAGUACGAUGCCCGUAUUCGACCAAGCGGAGAAAACGGAACAGAGCACAAAAGAAGCUGCCGAAUUUUCCGACAGAAUUUAUAAACUAGUGGAUUGGGCUGUUGGUCGCUCGCUG